UGUCCGCGGGCGCGGCGGGACUCGCGCGGGCCGCGGGCACCAUGAAGAUCUGGACCUCGGAGCACGUCUUCGACCACCCAUGGGAGACAGUUACAACAGCUGCAAUGCAGAAGUACCCAAAUCCUAUGAACCCCAGUGUGGUUGGAAUUGACGUGUUGGACAGAUACAUCGACCCCUCUGGAAAGUUGCACAGCCAUCGGCUGCUCAGCACCGAGUGGGGACUGCCCUCCAUCGUGAAGUCUCUCAUCGGAGCAGCGAGAACCAAGACGUACGUGCAGGAACACUCUGUGGUUGACCCCGUAGAGAGAACGAUGGAACUGAAGUCCACGAAUAUUUCAUUUACAAACAUGGUUUCAGUAGAUGAGAGACUUAUAUACAAACCACAUCCUCAGGACCCCGAAAAGACUGUUCUAACUCAGGAAGCCAUCAUCACUGUGAAGGGGGUGAGCCUCAGCAGUUACCUCGAAGGGCUCAUGGCAAGCACAAUAUCUUCAAAUGCGAACAAGGGCAGAGAAGCAAUGGAAUGGGUAAUACAUAAAUUAAAUGCUGAGAUUGAAGAAUUGACAGCUUCAGCAAGAGGAAGCAUGAGGACACCAAUGGCAGCUGCAGCAUUUGUUGAGAAAUGACAGUGAGAGUUGGUGUACAUCGGGUCCCCCAGGUCCUUCCAUGCUGGCAACAUAUUUAUUUGUUAUUUAAAAACACAACUAUAUUUUAGGUAGAGUUCUUUUAAUAAGCUGAAAUGAGGCUUUGUUUUGGUGAAAACAAAGAGAUGCAGGGCUUCUAAAUAAAAGGGAUCGUAUGAAAUUAGUGUUUGAAAUGAUUGUGUAAGUUUGACGGUUCCAGUACUUACAUGGAAAUUUAACAAUUUUUUUUAAAGUACUUGGAAAUUAAUAUUGACAUUGGACCUCUUUAAGGUAGAAUUUUAAAGCUUUUCACACGUUGGAACUCUACCUGGCUUCGGACCAACCCCAGAACAAAGCAGAGCCACCUCUUACAUACAUGAUUGCCCUGCUGUAAUUUUUGACAGCUUGCACGAAGGAACUCACUUUAAAAGGAGAAAUCAGUUUUAAAAGAUGUUCAUUUGUAUAAAGUAACUUGCUCUGCUGUAAGCCACCAUCAAAAUCCAGUGUUUGAAUUUGGUACUUAAUUUUAUCAGUCAAGUAACAUAUGACUCCAACACAAAUAUGACUUUACUGUAUUAAAAAGUACUGUACUAACUUGCCAAAGCCUUGUGACUUAGUAAAGGUAUUACCUUGCUUGGAUUUGUACUUUACGACUCAGUAGGCUGUACCAUGGGCUGGCUGUGUUAACUGAAAUAAUAAAAGUCAUGACCCGACUUUUGUAGCACUCUAAAAUGAAACAGAAGAACAGCUGUUCACGUCUCUUAGCGUUUCACAUUUGCCUGCCUUAUGCAUUUCCAUGGUCAAAAUCAUGGUUUGUAAUUGCUAAGGCAUGGCAUGUCAGGUUAUUUGAAUACAAUUACUUUUGAAGUAAUUAUGACCACAAAACAUCUUUCUUUCAUGAAGAGUUGUACAUCAUUUGAAAUUACUCAAAUGAUGCCCUGAUCUGAAGCAUAAAUCCCAGUUAGUUUUAACGUUUUUAAUAAUACAGAGCCACUUCGGGGGGGUAGGGGCGUCGGGAGCAUGAAAGAACAAUGGGGAGGGGAGGAUCGGCCUAAACUAACCACUGAUGAACUGCACUGCAGCUUUUAUUUCUGGGGGAUUCUAAUUUCCGAUGCCAGAGAGCAGCUGCAAACUGAAAAACAACCCAAUGAACAAUUUUUCUGUGACAUUUUGUGGCAAACAAUUAACCACUAAUACCCUUGAUUUGGAAUAUUGCAUGCAGAGUGUUU